GUGAACCAGAUUGUGGGAAAUGAGUUUUGUGUGCAAGUAGAGGCUAAAGGGGCUGGGAUUGAGGAGUGGUGUUGGCUGAUAUUUGUGUAUAUGAGCACUGACAGAAGGGAGAGAUAUAGGCAAUGGGAGUUUCUUGAGCAGAGGAGAAGCAGCUGGGGUGAUGGGUGGGUGAUUGCAGGGGAUUGGAAUGAUUUGAUAUCAAAUGAGGAGAAAAGAGGGGGGCUGGCCAGGAAUUCCAGUAGCUUUGUGGGCUUCCAGAACUUCAUCAAUAAUAUGGAAAUGCAAGAAAUAGCCCAGAAAGGGUCAUUUUUCACCUGGGGUAACAAUAGAGCUGGAGAUGGCUAUGUGGAGGAAAGACUAGACAAAAUCUUUGCAUCUGCUGAAUGGUUGGCCAGAUUUCCUAGAAUGGAGGCUUCAAAUUAUUUCAGAUCUGCCUCAGACCACAAUGUGUUGCUUUUUGAUACUGAGCUUCAGGUCAACAACAGACAUAAGAGAUUCCAGUUUAACAGUGGCUGGGUAGAGAUGGAGGGAGUGGCUGAGGCUGUGAGGGAAGGGUGGCAGAUUAGUGUGGAUGGCUCAGCUUUAUACCAGGUGCACCAGAAGAUCAAGCAUACCAGAAUGGCUUUACUUGCUUGGCACAAAUCUCACCAUAGAAACCAGGAAAAAACCAUUAAAGUCCUGACUGAGAAGAUGACUGCUUUGAGGGCUGAGGGCAGGGACAGAGACUGGGAGCAAUGGGGAUUAGUGAAGAGUGAACUUGACAAAGCCCAUCUUGAUGAAGAACAAUAUUGGAGGAACAAAUCCAGAGCUCUGUGGCUUAAAGCUGGGGAUUGCAAUUCAAAGUUUUUUCAUGCUUUUACCUCUCAGAGAAGACAUGCUAAUUCAAUUAUCAAACUUACCAGCAGCUCAGGGGAGAAACAUAUUAAAAUUACCAUCAGAAAUGGCAAGAGUACAAGGCUCAAUGAUCCAAAUUGGGUGCCUGGUCUGAACAGAGGCAGUCCUGAGCUUAAGGUGGGUAUUGAUGGCAAUCUUUUCUGGGUACAUGAUCUCCUUCAGGCUGGUGGUAUGUACUGGGAUGGAAAUCUUAUUAGGGCUUUGUUUUUGGAAGAUGAUGCUGGGAAAAUAUUGCAAAUAACUUCUUUGAAUCCAAGAGCUGAAGAUAAAAGGCAAUGUGAUUUGGUGGUUAAAGGAAAAUUUUCUGUCAAGAAGGCUUAUAGUACAAUGUUGGCUGUUAAGAUGGCUACAUCUGCAGUGGCUGAGAGCAGUGGGCAAGCUGAGGGAAAUAAAAGAGCUAGAAGAAGAUGCUGGGAGUUGAAGGUGAUGGGCAAGGUCAAACACUUUGUGUGGCAAGCCAUUUCAGUUUGGAAAAUUGCUCCAGUCCAGUGGAAUAGGGUCCUUGAAGAACAACUUACAGUCAAACAGUGGUGGUGGUGGACUAGCAAUAUGAAGAAGGAUGACAUUUCUGAAGCUCGGAUUCAGCUAUCCACAUACAUCUUGUGGUGGCUAUGGAGAGCUAGAAACUUGUGGAUUUUUGAAGGACAAUGGCACCCAGAGGAGUGGAUUGUUAGGGCUGCUGUUAGAGACUGGAUUGACUACAAGUGCAGACACAUUUCUGGAUGA